AUGAAGGUGAGCUUGGGCGUCCUCUCCCUCUUCGUGGCCCUGGUGGGCGUUUCAAGCUUCGUCUUUCUCGUGGUGGCCAUCGCGACGGACUUCUGGUACAUCAUCGAUGCCUCCAGGCUGGAGAGGUUGCCCAACGGCACGGACGCCCUCAGCUCGCACUCGGGUCUGUGGCGGACCUGCCGCGUGAGGAGUGAAUGUUACCCUUUGAUAAACCCCUUCUGGCAUGAGAAUGCAAACAUCACUGAUUCACACAGACAGCUUUUGUACAUGCAUGGAACAUUUGUCAUCCUGAUGCCCCUUAGCCUCAUAUUGAUGGUUUUUGGAGGAAUGACUGGAUUCAUCAGUAUUCUUGCCAGGGCCUACCUACUGCUUCUAAUGACGGGACUGCUUUUUCUUUUUGGAGCUCUUAUUACACUUACUGGGAUCAGUGUCUAUAUUGCAUAUUCCGCUGCUGCCUUUGAAGAGGCUGUCUGUCUCCUGAGGAGUAAGGAUCUCCUGGUAGAAAUUGACAUCAGGUUUGGCUGGUCGCUGGCACUAGUCUGGAUCUCCUUUGUGGCAGAAGUGCUCACUGGGGCUGUGUUUCUCCUGGCAGCAAGAACUGUGGGUGUGAAACGGCGACGUGAACAGGCGUUAUGAACAACAGGGUAUAGUAUUUAAGAGAAAAUUUACUGAAGUGAAUGAAGAAAUUUUCCCCUGGCUGCUGUGGCUUUGAAUAAUGAUUUAAUAAGACUAAAUAAGCUGUGUUGAGAGCUCCACUACAUUUUUGUUAGAUCAUGUAUUUCUGGAGGACUUCAGCAUAUUACAGUUCAAGACUGUGACUCAGGAGCUGUGUCAGCAAGGCACACUGUCAUUGGGCAGGUCCCUUGUACUUCCUCCAGUAGUGCCAAGGGCAUCAUUUACCUACCUCUGUUAAAUAUCAGAACAAUUUUAUCAUUGUGUCUUGUGUUAAAGAUGGCACAUUUACUCUUAUUGAGCUCAGCUCUGAUCUUGGUCCCACUGUACCAAUUACUUUACAAAGAAUAGUGGCAGGGAGCUUCCUAGAGCUUAAAGCCUUUGGAGAUACAAGGAAACGCUAUUACUACCAUGCUGUGAAUGGAGAACUUAGACAGAAAAACUGCCCAAGGUCACAUGAAACCAGAGUUUCUGAAUCCCAGUCUAAGACCUUAGUUGGCAGACCUUGCUUGUUAUCAGAAUGAAAUAAGGUUAGAAAUCCUGAAUAGACUGAGGAGUAGAAAUUCUGUGAAUAGCCAGUAAAAUUUUGUAAUUCUCACUUGCUCACACAUUGGUUUUCACAUAAUUUCCAUGUUGCCUUAUAUUUGGACUGUGUAAUUGAGUCAUUUUACAAGUUAAAGCUCAAUAAGAAGAGCAAGAAAAAGGUCCAUUGUAGCCAAAAUUCCAUGUGCUUAAGUGAAUUAUGUAAAAUGUAAUAUUUCUAUGUUUUGGUGCUGGUGAAGCUAUUUAUAAUACAAUUUGUAUAAUGUACUCAGACAUUACUGUAAGCUGUAAUAGUAAAAUAUCAUCUGAGUUAUUUUUUGAGUAUUUAUUACAGAUGUUAUUUUACAGUGGUUUUGA